AUGCAAUCGAUAAAUAGUUUUUUUACUAAUGCACAACAACAAAUAUCUUCAUUAUAUGGUUUUCAAGAUGCUUUACUUUAUCAACCAAAUGAACCAGAUACAGCACGAACAAUUGUUCAAACACCUGAUACAUUUCAUAUGCCAUAUGAAACAAUAACAAUUGAAACACCUGAUAAUGAAAAAUUACAUGGAUAUUUAAUUAAACAAAUUAAUCGAACAAAUGAACGUGAAACAUUAGUUUUUUUUCAUGGUAAUGCUGGCAAUAUUGGCCAUCGUUUACAAAAUGCAAAUCUUUUAUAUCGAACAUGUAAUAUUAAUAUUCUUCUUUUUGAUUAUCGUGGUUAUGGUAAAUCAACUGGUACACCAUCGGAAACAGGUCUUUAUACAGAUGCAUUAGCUGUAUAUCAAUAUGUUCGUAAACGUAAUGAUCUUAAUCAAGAAAAAAUAUUUUUAUUUGGUCGUUCACUUGGUGGUGCUGUUGCAUUACAUCUUGCUUCACAUCUUGCUCAAAUGAAUGCAACACCACCAUUAUAUGGUAUUAUUGUUGAAAAUACUUUUACAUCAAUUCCUGAUAUGGCUAAAAGAUUAUUUCAAGUUACUGUACUUGAUUAUGUACCUAAUUGGUGCUAUAAAAAUGUUUAUUCAUCACUUUCAAAAAUUCGACAUAUUAAAGUACCAAUACUUUUUCUUUCUGGUGGACAAGAUGAAUUAGUUCCUCCACAAAUGAUGGAAAAAUUACAUGAAGAAUGUAAAAGUUCAAAAAAACAAUUAACAAUAUUUCCUGAUGGUCAACAUAAUACAACAUGGCUUUCACAUGAUUAUACAACUCGUAUACGUAAAUUUCUUGCCGAAAUCAAUGUUUAUGAAAAGAAAAAAUUUAAUCAUAUAAUGUUUGAUGAAAUAAUAAGUUUAAUUUUUUAUAUUUUUAUUCUUCUAUUCCAAAUUCAUUUUACAUAUUCAUCUUCUUCUUCAAUUAUUCUUUAUCCUUCAUUUGAACGUAUUGUUAAUCAAUUAUCAUUUAAUUCAACUUUACCAUCAUGUACAUUUAUAAUAUGUAAAAAAACUGAAACACAAGCGAAUUUUUCAACAAUAAAUAUAACUAAUGAAUAUUUAUUUAAAUUAGCAUCAUAUAAUAAAAUUUCACAACAAAAAAAAAUUUCAUUACAACGACCAUAUCUUAUUGCUUCAACAGGUAUUUAUCAUGGUAAACGAAUAAAAUAUCGUAAUAAUCGUUAUAUUGAUCAAUUUCUUGGUAUUUAUUAUGCUGAAAUUCCACAAUCACUUGAAAAACCAAUAAAAAAACGUUUUAAUUAUUCAAUACAAAGUGCAACAAAAUAUAGUCCAUAUUGUAUGCAAUCAUUAUUAAUGACUGAAAAUCUUUCAUAUGGUUCAUUUGUAAUGCAAAAUAAUUUUAAUGAUGAUUGUCUUUCAUUAAAUAUCUAUAGAGCUGAUUUACGUUAUGGUGAAAAACGAAAAGCUAUUAUGUUAUUUUCACAUGGUGGUUCAAAUCAAAUUGGUGGUGGUUCAUUAUUUGAUGGAAGUAUUCUAGCAAGUGAAGGUGAUAUUAUUGUUGUAACAAUGAAUUUUCGUUUAAAUUAUCAUGGAUUUUUAUCUAGUGGAGAUGAUCGAAUCAAAGGUAAUUUUGGUCUUUGGGAUCAAUUAUUAGCUGUUGAAUGGAUCUAUGAAAAUGCUCAUUUAUUUGGUGGUGAUCCUAAACGAAUUGUUUUAGCAGGUCAUUCAGCUGGUGCUGGAAAUGUUAUGUUAAUUCCAGCUAGUCAAUAUUGUCGUGGUAUGAUUAAACGUAUUAUAUCACAAUCAGGUACAGGUUUAGCACCAUGGAGUAUAAAUCAUCAACCAAAAAAAUUAAUUGAACGUUUAUCACAUGAAUUUAAUUGUGCACAAUUAAAUGAAACAGAAAUGUUUCAAUGUAUUCAUAAAUUAUUACAAGAUAAUAAAGGAGAUUUUUAUCGUCUUCAUUUAAGUCUUAGUAUUGCUGAUGAUAAUCCAUAUCCUGUUAUUGAUAAUGAUUUUUUAAAUGAUACUAUUGAAAAUAUUAUACAAAGUGAUAUAUAUAAAAAUAUUGAUCUUUUAACAGGUGUUACAUUAAAUGAAGGUCUUUAUUUUGCUGAAUAUCAUAUUGGACAUUUUUAUAGUGAUUUAACUAAUCAAUCAACAUCAAUUGGUAAACAAUUAAAAACAAGACAAAAACGUUUUAUUAAUAUUAAUUCAACAGCUAUUAUACCACCAGAUAUAAUUAAAACACAAGAUAAUAUUAAUGAUGAUAUUUAUGAUUAUGAUGAAGAUGAUAUAGAUGAUAUUAAAUUACAUAGAAAAACACAUGUUGAACAAGUAUUAAGUUAUGAUCCAUAUAUUGUUCUUGAACAAUUUUCAAAAUUAGAUUAUGUUGAACGUUAUAUAAAUGCAAAUUUUCAAUUUUCAAAAUGUUAUAUUAAUGAAAUAAGAAAACGAUAUGAAUAUCCAGGAAAAAAUAAUAUAACGAUGAGAUUAAAACUUUAUAUUGAUCUUGUUUCUGAUUUAAUGUUUAAUUUUCAUAUGGUUCAUUGUUUAAAUUUACGUACACAAAUUUCAAAUCAAACAUCAUCAAAUUAUGCAUAUAUUUAUUCUCAUCGACCAACAUUUAAAGCACGAAGUUUAUUUCGAGAUCAUUUAAAAACAUUACCACAUGUUAUUGGACAUUUUGCUGAAUUAGAUUAUGUAUUUGGUGUUCCAUUGGCACGUGGUUAUCGUCAAAUACAUAGAAAUGUUAAUAUAAGUUAUUAUAAUUAUUCUGAUGAUGAAGAAAAUUUUAGUCGACAAUUAAUUCGUUAUUGGACAAAUUUUAUUAAAACUGGAAAUCCAAAUAUAGAUUCAUUAUUAAUAAAAAAUUCUACUAUUGAAUGGAAACCUUAUACAUCAAAUGAACAUAAUUAUAUAUUUUUUCAAUUAAAUAAUAUUCAUAAUGAACUUAAUUAUUUUGAUUCCAUGUAUAAUUUUUGGAUUAAAUUUUUUCAAACAGAAUUAAAUGGUGGUUGUCAUAAAGAAUUAAUAAUAAUGAAAAUAAAAAAACAUAUUGGAUUAUUUUUAAUUAUUCUAUUUGUUUUAUUAAUAUUUAUAAUUAUAUAUUUUAUUUGUAAACGUUAUCGAAAAAAUAAAAAAAAUAAUAUUGAACAUUAA